GCCGGCUCGUGCCGAAGCAUGGCUCUCCCACGUCCAAUCCAUGUCAUCCAAUCGUGUCCACUACAAGCCAUCGCCAAACAAAUAGCUACAUAUAAUAAAAAAACGUGCAAGACAAUGCCGUGUGAGCCUGGCCUUAGUAAUAGUGGCGCAUAUGUACAAUGUAUAGAACGGCCAUUCACACGUCGAUUGUACUGGAACAAAUCGUGCAGACUGCAGAAUUAUGCCGUGUGAACCAACCGUUAGCUUUGUCUCUUUCAUACGGCACGUUUUUUAUCGAAUAGCAACCGACUGAACGUAGUACGAGAGCGUCUUUUGGAGAGGCCGUACAUAUUUUAUGUUUGUUCUUCAAAAUGGUUGAGGAAUAUUCCAUAGAUAACGAACUAUUAAUCUCUUUAGUGGAACAAAAGCCCGUUUUAUGGGAUAAAACUAUGGAAUUGUAUAAAAAUCGCGUCGCAACUCAAGCGGCUUGGAAGGAAAUCCUGGUAAUGAUUGUUCCUAAUUUGGAGACAAAGGAAGAAAAGACAAGACAAGCCUUAGCAAAACUCAUCAUGCAAAAGUGGACUCAUAUAAGAGACAGUUAUCAUCGGUCAUAUAAAAAGAUACAAGAUCAGAAGAGGUCAGGAAGUGGCGGCAAAACAGCUAAGCCUUACGUAUAUAGUAAACAGCUAUCUUUUCUGCAGAAAGUAAUACAACCUAAAGAGAUAAUAUGCGAUGUUACCGCCGAAUACGACACAGAAUCGGAUAAUAGCACAGAAUACGAAAACCAGAAAAACGAUGCUGAGGUAAACGAAACAUUCGAAACAUACUCUAUAGAGACACAUGAUAAUAUGACGUUGACGACAGAGAGUCCAAUACCUAAACGUAUAGCUAAAAGAUCUUUAGAGAAUGCCAUUAGUCCUGUAGACGCGAAGAUAAUUAAAUUUAUGGACUCUUAUUCAAAUGAACCUAAAACAAUGAACCGGCAUCUUUCGUUUUUUAAUGGGAUAUUACCAUCACUAGAUAAGUUUGACGACGAUGAAGUCCUGGAAUUUCAAAUGGGAGUGCUACAAUUGAUCAAAAAAAUUAAAAACAAUCGCCAAAACAGUCGUCUAGUCCAUUGAAAUGUUACGUAUGAGCUUUGAAUUUUUUGCCAAGAGUGGAUUCGUCACCGAUGACAGGAUGACGUCUGCUCCCUGUGACAUUUGUGAGAAAACUGCGGCUAUUCGUUUUACACGAUUCACGAAUAAAAAUCUACCACGUGAACAUCCAGCUGAUUGUACGUUCAAAAAACGAAUUUAAAGAAACGUGCAGGACAAUGGUGGUUGCUUGGUGGUUGGUCAAUCGUUCGGAAAUUAAAUAUCUCGUCAAUAACAAUAUCUUAUCUGUAAUUAAAUGAAGAUUUUGAGUUUUAACCUAAGCCCCAAACAUUACUGUCAAAAUCUCCAAUAAUUAAUUAAAACAAAGUAAUUAAUGAUUGUCUCUGAAUGCGACAGUUAGCUGUUAGUUAUAAAUUAUACUUAAUUAAGUUCAGCACCAACUACUUCAUACAGAAUUUAAUGGUGUCUAACAAAAUAGUAUGUAGAAAAUGUAAA